AUGAGGUUGACUAAGGAUAAGGCUACUAAAGUUCCAAUUUGGGUGAAAUUCUUUAAUGUUCCUUUCGAGUAUUGGGAUAGCGAUGGAUUAAGUCAUAUUGCAAGUGUUGUAGGUAUCCCAUUAUUCAUGGACCAACUUACAGAAAAGGGUAGUAGAGUGUCUUUUGCAAGAGUUUGUGUGGAGGUAGAAGCCACUUCCACUUUACCAUUGAUGUUCAAGGUGAGCUGCGAAGAGGAAGAUGUGGUUGUUAAGGUGGAAUAUCAAGGAUUACCCCCUAAGUGUGAGCAUUGCAUGGUUUUUGGGCAUGACACUACCAAAUGUGUGAAAACUGAAGUUGCAGCUCUAAUCAAAAUCCAAAAAGAAACAGAGAAUAAUCCUGAUCCUGGUUGGGAAACAAUUAAAGCUAAGGGUAAGAGGAAGGUGGGUGAUUCAAACAUGCCUACGGUGUCAGAAAGCCAUGUAGAGCCGGAGGAAGAUGUUUUACAAAAUCUAGAAGUUGGGUAG